AUGCGCGCACACGCGUGCGUUACGAUUGGGUGGUGCGGCGCGGAGGUGAGCCUGCACCCUUCCCGACGGCGAAGAGGUCGUGGAGGAAGGACGUCGCUGGGAUUUCGGGCUCUGGCCCCCCCCUCCGUGAGGCUGAGCGAGUGGGAGUUACAGAAUCAUAUGCCUUCUGGAACUAUAUUGAAGGCCUUGAUCGAAGCUGGUGAAAAUGGGCCCUGGAUGAGAUUUAUAAGAGGAGAGAUAACAACAGAGGAGUUCUUAAAAGAAUUUGGGAGACUUUGCUCUGAAAUAUCAAAGACCUCCGUGCCUGUGGACUCAUUUUUCUCCCUGCUGACCAGUGAGCGAGUUGCAAAGCAGUUCCCAGUGAUGACUGAGGCCAUAACUCAAAUUCGGGCAAAAGGCCUUCAGACUGCAGUCUUGAGCAAUAAUUUUUGUCUUCCCAGUGGGAAAAGCUUUUUCCCCUUGGACCGGAAGCAGUUUGAUGUGGUUGUGGAAUCCUGCCUGGAAGGUAUCUGUAAGCCUGACCCUAGAAUAUACAAGCUGUGCUUGGAGCAGCUUGGUCUGCAGCCCUCCGAGUCCAUCUUUCUGGAUGAUCUUGGACCAAACCUAAAAACAGCUGCCAGCCUUGGUAUUCACACCAUUAAGGUUAAUGACCCAGAGACUGCAGUGAAGGAAUUAGAGUCUAUUCUGGGUUUUACAUUGAGAGUGGGUAUUCCAAACAUUCGUCCAGUGAGAAAGACAAUGGAAAUUGCAAAAGAUUCAUUGGAGAAAUACCUCAAAGACUUACUGGGGAUCCAAACCACAGGCCCAUUGGAACUCCUUCAGUUUGAUCACGGACAGUCAAAUCCAACUUACUACAUCAGGCUGGCUAAUCAUCAGCUGGUUCUGAGAAAGAAACCCCCCGGGACACUCCUUCCAUCUGCCCAUGCAGUAGAGAGAGAGUUCAGGAUAAUGAAAGCCCUUGCAAAUACUGGAGUACCUGUCCCCAAUGUUCUUGACCUCUGUGAAGAUACAAGUGUCAUCGGCACCCCCUUCUAUUUGAUGGAGUACUGCCCAGGCCUCAUCUACAAAGACCCCUCUCUGCCAGGCAUAGAGCCCAGCCGGAGGCAAGCCAUAUACACUGCCAUGAACAGAGUCCUGUGCAAAAUUCACAGUGUGGAUUUCAAGGCUGCAGGCCUGGAGGACUAUGGGAAGCAAGGGGACUACAUUCCACGCCAGGUACAGACCUGGACUAAGCAGUAUCGAGCCUCAGAGACCAGCAUCAUCCCAGCAAUGGAGAGGCUCAUCGAAUGGCUGCCGCUCCAUCUUCCCAGUCAACAGAGGACCACGGUGGUGCAUGGGGACUUCAGGCUGGACAACCUGCUGUUUCAUCCAGAAAAGACUGAGGUACUUGCUGUCCUUGACUGGGAACUUUCUACCUUGGGUGACCCCCUGGCUGAUGUGGCCUACAGCUGCCUCUUUCACUACCUGCCAUCCAGUUUUCCCAUGCUGAGAGGUUUUGGUGAUUGCGAUUUGACUCAUCUGGGAAUCCCGACUGCAGAGGAGUAUUUCAGGAUGUACUGUCUUCAUAUGGGCAUCCCUCCCAUUGAGAACUGGAACUUCUAUAUGGCUUUCUCCUUUUUCCGCAUGGCUGCAAUCCUACAGGGAGUCUACAAACGAUCACUCACAGGGCAAGCAAGCUCUGCAACUGCAGAACAAAGUGGAAAUCUGACUGAAUUAAUGUCCAACCUGGCAUGGGAUUUUGCAGUCAAAGAAGGGUUCCGGGUUUUCAAAAAGAUGCCAGCCCCAAAACUGUUAACAAGGUCCUACCACACAUGGGCCAGUCCACAGUCCCUGCUGAGCCCCACAGGUACGAGGAGUUACAGCUCCAUUCCAGAAGGUUUCCCAGCUCAGGCCUCAAAGGGAGCUCUGGUCAUUUCUCCAGAGGGCCUUUCCCCACCUGCCAGAGAACUAUAUCACCGGCUGAGGCGGUUUAUGGAGCAGCGUGUGUACCCCGUGGAACAAGAGCUGCAGAGGCACCAGGCCUCAGGGGACAGGUGGAGCCCUUCCCCACUAAUAGAAGAUCUCAAGGAGAAAGCCAAGGCUGAAGGACUUUGGAACCUUUUUCUACCCUUGGAGUCUGAUCCUGAGAGAAAAUACGGAGCAGGACUGACCAACAUGGAGUAUGCACAUCUGUGUGAACUCAUGGGCACGUCUCUUCACGCUCCCGAGAUAUUUAACUGCUCUGCUCCUGACACGGGCAACAUGGAGCUUCUGGUGCGGUAUGGCACUGAGGAGCAGAAGGCCCGCUGGCUGCUCCCUUUGCUGGAGGGCAAGGCCCGCUCCUGUUUUGCUAUGACCGAGCCCCAGGUUGCCUCAUCCGAUGCCACCAACAUUGAGGCUUCCAUUAGAGAGGAGGAUGGCUUCUAUGUCAUAAAUGGUCACAAGUGGUGGAUCACAGGCAUCCUGGAUCCUCGCUGCCAACUCUGUGUGUUUAUGGGAAAAACAGAUCCGCAUGCCCCGAGGCACCGGCAGCAGUCUGUGCUCCUGGUUCCCAUGGAUACCCCGGGGAUAAAAAUCAUACGGCCUCUGACGGUAUAUGGACUGGAGGACGCUCCAGGUGGCCACGGAGAAGUCCGAUUUGAGCACGUGCGUGUGCCCAAGGAGAACAUGGUCCUGGGCCCCGGCCGAGGCUUUGAGAUCGCACAGGGCAGGUUGGGUCCUGGCAGAAUCCAUCACUGCAUGAGACUAAUUGGGUCCUCAGAGAGGGCCCUGGCGCUCCUGAAGGCCCGUGUGAGGUCCCGCGUGGCCUUCGGGAAACCCCUGGUGGAGCAGGGCACGGUCCUGGCCGACAUUGCCCAGUCACGUGUGGAGAUUGAGCAGGCUCGGCUGCUGGUGCUGAGAGCUGCCCACCUCAUGGACGUGGCAGGAAAUAAGGCUGCAGCUUUAGAUAUUGCCAUGAUUAAAAUGGUAGCCCCUACCAUGGCCUGCCGAGUGGUUGAUCGCGCUAUUCAGGCCUUCGGAGCAGCAGGCCUGAGCAGCGAUUACCCCCUGGCUCAGUUCUUUGCCUGGGCCCGAGCACUGCGCUUUGCUGAUGGCCCCGAUGAGGUGCACCGGGCAACAGUGGCCAAGAUGGAGCUGAAGCACCGCGCUUAGACCUGCACGACUAUAAGAGCCGAUGUCCCUGUUGGGCCAGCCACACCCAGAACUGUAAAUGAUGCACUUUGGAAGGUCUGGGAUGUGUGUUCUUGCACCCUGCACAGCAGCCCUAUCCUAGAACAAUCAUGGCGAAUUUAACCUUUUUGGGUACCCACAGAAGACAUUUCCACAAGAAGCCUUGAGUUUCUGUUACAGGCAAAGAAAAGAGCUGAGCGGGUUUCGGUACAGAACCCUGAAGCUGGUCUUCAGUCCCUCAGUACCGCUGAGCCCCUCUAGUCCCCCUCUCCCUAGCUGUGGGAAUCUGGACACAUUUAAGGAGCCCUGCUGAGGCAGUGUGCCGUGCUUGCAGCAGAGACGGGGCCUGCUGCUCCCUGCAGCCUGGAGAACAGGGCCAGAGCGCUCCUGGGACAAUGGAAAGAAACUAAAACGAUGAAGCCACUGCAUCUGAUUUUCUUAUUUUGAAUGUCAACACAGAACACUAAUUUAAAUGUUGUUUUGGAAAAGGGCUUUGAGAAUACAAAAGAAUAAAAAAAUACUUCUCAGAGA